AUGGAGGGAGCCUGGGCCGGGAGGCAGUGCCGGUCCGGGCCCAGCGGCCUGGGUUGGGCUGGGCGGAAGCUGGGAGGGCUGUGGGGACGGCGCUUUUUCCUCUGCCCCGCCCCCUGGGACCACCUCCCCUCCCCCCGGCUAUCCACCGGCCGGGAUGUGGCCGGCGGCCGUUAGUUAGGCUUCCCGAGGCCGUUCCUUCAGGCCUCUUUCUCCCGGGCCGGCGUGAGGCCGUCUCCCUUGUCGUUACCACAGGCCCCAUCUCGGCGCCCAGCCCUCCUGGGGGCAAAAAGGCCGGUUGGGAUUUCGGGGCUUUCCCGCCCGAGCAGGGUCUUCUCUCACGGGAAAGCUGUUUUUCACCGGGAAGCUCAGCUUUCUGUUAACACCUGCUUCACCUCCCGCCUUCCUUGAGACCUGAGUGAUAUUUCUCGACUACUUCUGCGUCUCACGUAAACAUUUCUCCAACUCUUUUACUCUGUGGUAUCUCCCUGAGACGUGAUAUCGCUAGUGUGCCACCACCAGAAAGAAACGUCUGGACCCUCCUGCCCAGGUUAUGAAAACCCCCUUAACUGCUACGGUUUGCUUACCUGGCUCAUCGCCUCCUGAACUUUGUAUCUUUGCUAAAGUCAGUGAUGUGAAAAGACCUGACAUGGAUGAUAUUGCUGAUAGGAUGAGGAUGGAUGCUGGAGAAGUAACGUUAGUGAACCACAACUCCAUAUUCAAAACCCAUCUCCUGGGACAAACAGGUUUUCCAGAGGACCAGCUUUCACUUUCUGACCAUCAGAUAUUACCUUCCAGGGAAGGAAAUUUGGACCGAUCUUAUACAUGUUCUACAAGAAGUGCAGCUUAUAAUCCAAAUUAUUAUUCAGACAACCCUUCCUCAGACAGUUUUCUUGGCUCAGGAGAUUUAAGAACCUUUGGCCAGAGUGCAAAUGGCCAGUGGAGAAAUUCCACUCCAGCAUCAGGUUCAACUUUACAAAAAUCAAGAAACAGCCGAAGUCUUUACCUCGAAACCCGAAAGACCUCAAGUGGAUUAUCAAACACUUUUACAGGAAAGUCAAAUCAUCACUGCCAUGUGUCUGCAUACGAAAAAUCUUUUCCUAUUAAGCCUGUCCCAAGUCCAUCUUGGAGUGGUUCAUGUCGCCGAAAUCUCUUGAGCCCCAAGAAAACUCAGAGGCGACAUGUUAGUACAGCAGAAGAGACAGUCCAAGAAGAAGAAAGAGAGAUUUACAGACAGCUACUACAGAUGGUUACAGGGAAACAGUUUUCUGUAGCCAAACCCACCACACAUUUUCCUUUACACCUGUCCCGAUGUCUUAGUUCUAAUAAGAAUACUUUGAAAGACCCACUGUUUAAAAAUGGAAGUUCUUGUGCAGCUCAGAUUAUUGGCUCUGAUACUUCAUCAUCUGGAUCUGCCAGCAUUUUAACUACCCAGGAACAAGUGUCCCACAGUGUGUAUUCCUUAUCGUCUUAUGCCCCAGAUGUUGUUGCAUUUGGAUCCAAAGAUUCUGAUCCUCUCCAUCAACCCCAACAUCACCGCUCUCUUCUACAUCAGCCAGACAACUUACCAGCUUCAAAUACACAAUCGGAAGGAUCAGACUCUGUGAUUUUACUCAAAGUGAAAGAUUCCCAGACUGCAACUCCCAGUCCUGCAUUUUUCCAGGCAGAGCUGUGGAUCAAAGAAUUAACUAGUGUUUAUGAUUCUCGAGCACGGGAGAGAUUGCGCCAGAUUGAAGAGCAGAAAGCACUAGCAUUGCAGCUUCAAAACCAGAGACUGCAGGAACAGGAACAUUCAGUACAUGAUUCAGUAGAACUGCAUCUUCGUGUACCUCUUGAAAAGGAGAUCCCUGUCACGAUCACCCAAGAAACAGAAAAGAAAGGUCAUAAAUUAACUGAUAGUGAAGAUGAAUUUCCUGAAAUCACAGAGGAAAUGGAGAAGGAAAUAAAAAAUGUAUUUCGUAAUGGGAACCAAGAUGAAGUUCUGAGUGAAGCAUUCCGCUUGACCAUUACACGCAAAGAUAUUCAAACUCUGAACCAUCUGAACUGGCUCAAUGAUGAGAUCAUCAAUUUCUACAUGAAUAUGUUGAUGGAGCGAAGUAAAGAGAAGGGAUUACCAAGUGUGCAUGCAUUUAAUACCUUUUUUUUCACUAAGUUAAAAACGGCUGGUUAUCAGGCAGUGAAACGUUGGACAAAGAAAGUGGAUGUGUUUUCUGUUGACAUUCUUUUGGUGCCCAUUCACCUGGGAGUGCACUGGUGUCUUGCUGUUGUGGACUUUCGAAAGAAGAAUAUUACCUAUUACGACUCUAUGGGUGGGAUAAACAAUGAAGCCUGCAGGAUCCUCCUCCAAUACCUAAAGCAAGAAAGCAUUGACAAGAAAAGGAAAGAGUUUGACACCAAUGGCUGGCAGCUCUUCAGCAAGAAAAGCCAGGAAAUUCCACAGCAGAUGAAUGGAAGUGAUUGUGGCAUGUUUGCCUGCAAAUAUGCUGACUGCAUUACCAAAGACAGACCAAUCAACUUCACACAGCAACACAUGCCAUACUUCCGGAAGCGGAUGGUCUGGGAGAUUCUCCACCGAAAGCUCUUGUGAAGACUGUCUCAGUUAGCCGACAUUGACCUUGCGGGGGACCAGCUCUUUGUUGUCUAUAGCCAGAGACCUUGGAGACAGCUGCUCCCAACCCUCUGUUCUUGUAAAGCCCUUGAUCCUGGACCAGGCCCUGGCGAGAUGCAUUCACAAGCACAUCUGCCUUUCCUUUUGUAUCUCAGAUACUAUUUUUGCAAAGAAACUUUGGUGCUGUGAAAGGGGUGAGGGACAUCCCUAAGCUGAAGAGAGAGACUGCUUUUCACUUCUUCAGUUCUGCCAUCUUGUUUUCAAAGGGCUCCAGCCUCACUCGGUCCCUAAUUUGGGGGCCGAGAGAAGCUUGGACAGAUUCUUGGUUUCAUAUAAACUCUUGUUAGGCCUUACUAAGAGGUAGGAAAGGGCAUGGGCAAAAAGGUAGGGAUGAAAACCACCAGCAUAUACACGCACACAUACAUACACACAGGAUUUUCAAGAUGUGUUGUCAGGAAAGUGACUGUAAACUGGACUUUGGGUCACAUGCAUAAGUCCCUCCUCCAGGAUUUUCCCUAUUUAUAUGCCUCUUUGUGAAAUCCGUCUGCUUCUGUACAAGGCUAUUUUAUCAUCUGUAGCUUCCUCCCAUCCUGAGGCACAGCACAUGAGCCCUGGGUGGACCCCAAAGUCCCAGGCAGUCCUUUCCUUAAAGCAGGGGUUUGCAUGUGCUCACAACACAUGAUAUGGGGAAGACCCACCCAGGGAGCGGUUUAGUGGAGCAACAAAGGCACCACUUUUACUGCCGCCUACUUCUGACCAAGAAGAAGGACCUCAGUCUUUAGCAUAAAAUUCCAGCAUUGGAUGAAUGCAGGUCUAGUUUGGUCUGUGGCUAGUUAGUUUAAAUAUGUUUCUAACCACAGAGAAUUUUAUAUAUAUAUAUAUAUAUAUAUAUAUAUAUAUAUAUAUAUAUAUA